AUGACAGAGAUCACAGCAUCACUGAAUCGCUCAACCUCCCUUCUCUUCGACAACUCAACCUUCCCCCCAUACCUUCAACCCCUCUGGACCUCCUCCUCCUCUUCCACCCCUCCUCCCCCUGACCUGGUGGUGUCCCCCAACGUUGUGUACAUGGUGGCUGAACUCAUCAUAGCAACCCUCUCCACCGUGGGUAACCUGCUGGUGUGUGCUGCCGUUGGCCUCAAUAGGAAGCUACGUACGGUCACCAACUACUUCCUAGUGUCGCUGGCCGUAGCCGACAUCUGCGUGGGUGCACUGGCCAUCCCUUGCGCCAUCCUCACUGGCGUUGGCGUGCCCCGCCACAACCUCUACCUGUGUCUGCUGAUGCUAAGUGUGCUCAUCAUGCUAACCCAGAGCUCCAUCUUCAGCCUGCUAGCUGUAGCUGUGGAGCGCUACGUGGCCAUCUUCCUGCCCUUCCGCUACCACACGCUCAUGACGCCACGCAACGCUAUCCUAGUUAUCCUGGUGACCUGGGUGCUGGCUUUCCUCAUUGGCCUGGUGCCCCUCAUGGGCUGGCACAAAACACCGCCCGACUCGGGCUACUGCUUCUUCGUCUUCGUGGUGGACAUGACCUAUAUGGUCUACUUCAACUUCUUUGCCUGCGUGCUAGCGCCCCUGGUGGUCAUGUUCCUCAUCUACGCCAAGAUCUUUGUGACAGUCAAGCGGCAGGUACGGCGCAUCGCAGCAGAGCGCGGGGGCGGCGUGGGGGGUGCGGAGGGGCAGGCGGCUCGGGCGGCCAGCAUGAAGAAGGAGAUAAAGACGGCCACGUCGCUGUUCCUCGUCCUCUUCCUCUUCACUGCCUGCUGGAUACCACUGCACGUCAUCAACUGCUUCCUGCUGCUCUGCCCCGGCUGCCCUGUGCCUUUGGAGCUCCUCCUCACCGCCAUUAUCCUAUCACACGCAAACUCUGCCGUUAACCCCUUUCUGUACGCGUACAAGAUGAAGACCUUCCGGAACACCUUUAAGGCCAUCUUCCUCUGCUGUAGAGCUCUAGGGGACUGGGAAGAGGCGGCCGAUGGUGGGGGGACCACCACCCACAGGACCUGACCGAAGACCCGUUGGUACCGUCUUGACUCGCCAUUCCUUAAUGUUCAACUGGUGAGGAUUAUGUACCAUUUGGUGGUCUUUAUGCCCAGAGAACUGUCUUUUACAAUAAACAGAACUGCUAGAAUAUCAGGGACACAUCUCCUAACUAAUGUUAAUAUACCACUAUGUACAUUCCAGUAAAGUUCAAGUUUGUGGACACCAGACUACUUUAUUUGCUUCAUUAGAGAAAGCCUCACCCUUUA